GGCGCCUCCCGGCGUAGCGCUGCGCGGGGCCGAACGCCGGACACCCGAGCGCGGGCAGCCGACCGAACGAGGGGGCAGGCGGGCGGGCGCAGGGCGCCUUCUCCGAGAGCCAUGGGCGCGGCGCGGCGCGGGGCCGGAGCUCGGGGCGAUCCAGAGGCGCGAGGGACCGGGACGCGGGCCCGGGGCCGCUUCUAGCCGGCACCGAGGGCGCGGAGCCCGGGAUGAGGGCGCUCGCCGAGGGGAACCCGUCUGCGCGCCGCAGCGCCGUCCCGCCCAGCGAGCGAGCCUGAGCAGGCAGACGCGCGGCCGGCGGUCUGGGGGCGCGCCGCCUCCCGGCCCCCAAAAUGUGAAGCGGGGAGGGAGGAGACGCAGAGACCGCCGGGCCGGGCGCCCUUGCCGCCCUCCGGCAGCCGCGCCGCUCCUCCUCUGCGCGCAGAGGCCGCGCCACCCCACGGGCGGCGGCCCGAGCACUGAGGCCACCGAGUCCCGCGCCCCCUUCACGCUCCGACCGGACUUCGGCCCUCAGCGAGUUGGUGGCCCCGACGCGGCAGGAGCCGCGCCUAGGACUGUGCGUCUGGCCUCGCCCGCGGCUUCUCGCCCUGACAAGUUUGAACAAUGAUCACAGUCAACCCAGAUGGGAAGAUAAUGGUCAGAAGAUGCCUGGUCACUCUGAGACCCUUCCGGCUUUUUGUCCUGGGCAUCGGCUUCUUCACUCUGUGCUUUCUGAUGACAUCUCUGGGGGGCCAGUUCUCAGCCCGGCGCCCGGGGGACUCGCCCUUCACCAUCCGUACAGAAGUGCUGGGCGGCCCCGAGUCCCGUGGUGUCCUCCGCAAGAUGAGCGACCUGCUGGAGCUGAUGGUGAAGCGCAUGGACACGCUGACCCGGCUGGAGAACAGCAGCGGGCUGCACCCAGAGGCCCGCGAGGCACACGCGGCUGCGGACAGGAUGCCCCCUGGCGCCGGCCUCAUGGAGCGGAUCCAGGCCAUUGCCCAGAACGUCUCCGACAUCGCCGUGAAGGUGGACCAGAUCCUGCGCCACAGCCUGCUCCUGCACAGCAAGGUGUCUGAAGGUCGGCGGGACCAGUGCGAGGCGCCCAGCGACCCCAAGUUCCCUGACUGUGCGGGAAAGGUGGAGUGGAUGCGUGCCCGCUGGACCUCUGACCCCUGCUAUGCCUUCUUCGGGGUGGACGGCACCGAGUGCUCCUUCCUCAUCUACCUCAGCGAGGUCGAGUGGUUCUGCCCGCCGCUGCCCUGGAGGAACCAGAGCGCUACACGGACGGCCCCCAGGCCCCUUCCCAGAGUCCAGGCUGUGUUCCGGAGCAACUUGUCUCACCUCCUGGAGCUGAUGGGCAGUGGGAAGGAGUCCCUGAUCUUCAUGAAGAAGCGGACCAAGCGGCUCACAGCCCAGUGGGCCACGGCUGCCCAGCGCCUGGCACAGAAGCUGGGGGACAUCCGGAGGGACCAGAAGCAGAUUCUUGUUCACAUUGGCUUCCUGACGGAGGAGUCUGGGGACGUAUUCAGCCCGCGGGUGCUGAAGGGCGGGCCUCUAGGGGAGAUGGUGCAGUGGGCGGACAUCCUGGCUGCUCUCUACAUCCUGGGCCACAGCCUGCGGGUCACCGUCUCCCUGAAGGAGCUGCAGAGUAACUUAGGGGUGCCGCCAGGCCGGGGGAGCUGCCCGCUCACCAUGCCCCUGCCUUUCGACCUCAUCUACACUGACUACCACGGCCUGCAGCAGAUGAAGCAGCACAUGGGACUCUCCUUCAAGAAGUACCGGUGCCGAAUCCGGGUCAUCGACACCUUUGGAACCGAGCCUGCGUACAACCACGAGGAGUACGCCACGCUGCACGGCUACCGCACCAACUGGGGCUACUGGAACCUCAACCCCAAGCAGUUCAUGACCAUGUUCCCUCACACCCCGGACAACUCCUUCAUGGGCUUCGUGUCCGAAGAGCUCAAUGAGACGGAGAAGCAGCUCAUCAAAGGCGGCAAGGCCAGCAACAUGGCGGUGGUGUACGGCAAGGAGGCGAGUAUCUGGAAGGGGAAGGAGAAGUUCCUGGGCAUCCUGAGCAAGUACAUGGAGAUCCACGGCACCGUGUACUACGAGAGCCAGAGGCCGCCCGAGGUCCCCGCCUUCGUGAAGAACCACGGCCUCUUGCCGCAGCCUGAGUUCCAGCAGCUGCUGCGCAAGGCCAAGCUCUUCAUAGGCUUUGGCUUCCCCUACGAGGGCCCAGCCCCGCUGGAGGCCAUCGCCAACGGCUGCGUCUUCCUGCAGUCCCGCUUCAGCCCGCCCCGCAGCUCCCUCAACCACGAGUUCUUCCGGGGCAAGCCCACCUCCAGGGAGGUGUUCUCCCAGCACCCCUACGCAGAGAACUUCAUCGGCAAGCCCCACGUGUGGACGGUGGAUUACAACAACUCGGAGGAGUUUGAAGCCGCCAUCAAGGCCAUCAUGGAGACCCAGGUGAGAUGCAGAACUGCAGGACGGCCACCGCUCGCAGGCUGA